CAACAAGUAGAGACUGCUCGGUCGGUAAUUGAUAUUUCGUAAACUAUACCCCGUUUAGUGCGACAUGUCUUUAUAAUAAGCUUGAUUUUCGUUAAUUUAGCUCAAAAAAUAGAGUUUAUAGCUCAAUUUUGUUGUGAAGUUUGUUUUAUUUGAUGUUAUUUUAGUGUAUGUUGUAAGGAAAGUUGUUAUAUUAAAUUCAUAACAAAGAAACGUCGGUUAUGUUUUCAUAAAAACUCGGUAUAGUUGGCUGGGUAUGACAGGAGGUCACGCAUGUAGUGUUGUAUGAAGUAAAAUUAAUGUUUGCAUCGCCUACUUGUUUUGGUCAUUUGAUGUGAAAAGUUUAAGUUUUGGACGCUGGGUUUUUAUUAUUUGUACCUACCUGUUAAAAAGGACUUGUAAUAUGAGUGACGACGAUAGGGAUAUAGACGUUGAAAGUGAUGAAGGUGAUGAUUCAGAUUCGAGACAUCCCACAUCAAGGCAAUCUGCUGGAAACCAAUACUUUUCACAGGCGGAAAAGAGAGCACACCAUAAUGCACUAGAGCGAAAGCGGCGCGAUCACAUCAAAGACAGCUUUAGCAGCUUAAGGGAUUCAGUGCCUUCCCUCAAUGGUGAAAAGGUGGCGAGUCGAGCGCAAAUAUUGAAAAAAGCCGCCGAAUACAUAGUGUUUAUGAAAAAGAAAAACAACUCACACCAGCAGGACAUUGACGAUCUAAAGAGGCAGAACAAUCUCUUGGAAGCUCAAAGUAUUGUUUUAGUACGUACAUUAGAAAAAGCCAAAAUGUCUGGCACAUAUAAUUUGGGUAGUGACAGCAAGGACAGUAUCUUUAAUGAAACUGAAUCUGACACGUCGGAUAUGGAGGGUACAGUACAACAAAAAAGACCCAAGAAAAUGAAAGUUGGAACUUAUCAUUAGAAAAAGGACUGAUUUUUUGUGAAGAAAGUGUAAAUGGACGUCUUAAAUCUUGGUAUUUAUUACCAAAAAUAUUUUUGCCAGGUGCAUAGUUAGAUCACAAAAUAAUGUUUCUAGAAACAGUGUUUUACUUCUGCAGCCUUUGUUUUUUAUUAAGUUUUCUAUUUAAUUAUUUUUUUAGGAUUCCUGAAAAUGGUACAAAUUUUUAUGAAAUUUUCAUUAAAGUUAUUUUUUCAAAACAUUUACCAUGUAUGGAGUAAAACUACUGAAUCUUUUGCAUUAGUCUGUGAUUAGUUGGAUUAUUUUUAUGCAACCGUUCACAUUUUUAUUAACGUUUACAAAUAUUCAAUCAAAUUGACAAAUUUAAUGCGGUAUUUCAUUUUUUUAAUACUACAUAAAAUGUGAACAGUUCUUCUAAAUUUCCAGUGAACAUUAGUAAAAAUUAAUGUCCAUUUUUUUUAAAACAA